GGAAAACAAAAAAGUAGGCGCGUGGAGUAAAUUUGAUGUUGAACACGAGUUGUUUAUCUCUAAAAUUUUUUAAAAGGUUGUAGUUGUGUUACAGGCUGAUCAUAAUUAUGCUUAUACUACUAUUGUGCAAGUGAAAACUAAAACUCAGAAAAAUAUUCUUUUUUAUUCAGCUUAUGGCUCUAACUGACUAUUACAUUUUAAAAACGCUAAAAAAAAUUAAUCAACCCGUCGGGGAUGGGGGUCAGUGGUUGUCUCGCUCUACAAAUUUUGAAUUACGCCAUGGUCCAAAAUUUCCAUGUCCAUAUACUUCUUUGGCGGAUUGGUGGAAACAUUUCAAAAUUGCACCAAUGCAAUGGGUGCCAGAUUUAUUAAUUAUAUUUUCUGUUUAUUUGACCCAAAACAUUCAACGUCCUCGUUAGGCUCGCGGACAGUUGUUGCAAUCUGCCGCCCCAACAAAAUGCCAACAUUGCCAAUUCAAUGUGGCAUGUGGGGAAAAUUUUCACCGACUAACUUCUAUAACACUGUCACUAGUUUAGACAAUACUUUCUCCAACAAAAUAAUUAUGUGCAGGUGACAUAAUUUUGUAACUAUAUUUUUCCACAAAUUACUAACUUGACUUUGACUCAGUAAAUUAACGUCUCUCCAGAAGUAGGCACUUUUUGUUUUCAGUUUUCAAAAUAUGGCAACCACCACUUUUUAAUUCACCAAGGUUAUCGAAUAUCGUUGUUUAGACAUUUUUACCAAAGUCAAAGUGCCAAGCAGAAGAUUCUUAUUUUCAAUUUAUAUGUGUUUACUUGAUGCGUCUUUUUUUUUUUUAAACCGGAGCUCAUCUUGGUAUUGGGGUAUCAGCAAGGAUGUGUCUCAGUCUCUUUUUUCAUGUCUUUUGAACCUUUCAAUUUGAAUUAAAAUUAAUGGAGAAUUUUUAUUUUAAUAUAUUGGCCUAUGCCUAUAAUAUUAUAAUAGUGUCUACAACUCCGGCGCGCCGGACAAAUAGUGCGCGAGAUAUACGUCUGGCGGCAUGUCACGUGAUCGCCAGACGGCUAGUAGUUGUUAUUAUUCUGAACGAAGUGCAAUUAGGCAGAUAUUGUGUGGUCUUGUGGUAGAGUGGUCGCUUGACGUUAUUAUGAUUUGAGGAUCAAUACCUGGUAUAGGAUCGUUUUUUUCCCCAUUUUAAUUUAAAAUAUUUUAUACUAUAUUUAUAUUAUCAUGUUCAUCAGCAAUAGUAGUUUCAUGAGAAGUUUUUAAAUAGCUUGUAGCAAUUGAAAGAAUUUAAAAUGAACUCUUUUACUUUUAUUGGUUGCCUACUCCAUACUGGCCCCUGCCCUAAUUUAUUUUAUAGAUUACUGGUACACAAACUCAAAUAACAAACUAAACAAAAAUGUUUACAAGCCACUUUCACUUCAGUUUUUUUCCUAACAUUGGCAUUCAAGAUACUCAUUACAUUACUUGGUAGAGAAAUAGAUUUUAAAAUUAACAAUAGUUUUGAAUCAUUCGCAGUCACAUGACAAGGCUGGCCGACAUGAUAUCUCACGCCACUUUGUUACGGCGGUCAUGUGACUUGGUCGCCAGACUAAUAGUGUGGGAGAUAUAUGUCCGGCGCGCAGGACGUGUAGACACGGCCAUUAUAAUUAUAUACUUCAUAUUAACUAUAUUAGAUUGUUGGAUCUAUAUUUAUGACAUAAGUAAUGCUAAGUGAAGAAUGGUAGCGUUAUUGCAGUUAUCACACACAUCAGGUCCAAAACUGUCUGGCUUUUUAAAAUCACAUUAAGAAGGCAAUUUAUUUUUGUUACUGUCUGGCAUGCUUUAUUCUUUAUAUACAAUUAAUGAUUAGUGACUUUUUACUUUUAUUUUAAUUAAAUAAUUAAAAUCAAAUGUGGCUGUAAUGUUAAUUUAAUUUUUUUGUAAGUGAAAAGUUCUGAAAAUACAUUGGUGCCUCAUAGGGCCUAUCAGGUUUUAAAAUGAUGAAAGAUUAUUACAAAAUUUUAGGCCUUUGAAAAAUUAUUUUUGAAAUUAUUUUUUUUAACCAGACUUUUAAAAUUAGGCCUAGACUAGACCAAUGGCCAAGGUGUAGGCCUAAGGCUAAGCAUGUGUUACUAUAUUUCACUGUUGAUCAGACAGCUGAUUUAAAGUAACGGUGGGCUUUUCUGGGGACGUGAAUAUUGUAUUGGGGAAAAGGGCAUUAAUUUAAUUAGAAACUGACAAUGCCAUUAUUUUUUAAUUGAUAAUUUGAAAGUGUGAAUCUGAAGGAUAAGCUAUAAUAUUAACAUUAUGACAAGUUUACAAGUUUUAAAAACUUUAAGUUAACUAUUCGAUAUUCCAUAAUCAGAAUAGAAUAUUAUGAGAAAUAUCAGAUAUGGAAAAAGUAUGAAUGUCCUUUUAAUAUACUUAUAAAUCUAAAGAAAUCCUUAAAAAAUAAAAGAGAAGAAAAAAAAUAGAUGUACAUUUUUAAAAAUCUGAUUUAAAUUUUCUAAAAAGCCAUUUUAAAUUUUAAAAAAAUUCAACUUUAAAAAAAUUCUUAAAAAAAAAAAUAAAGUUUAACUUUUAAAAAUUGAUUUAAAUACUGAUACCGUUAACUAUACUAUGUUUAUUUUUGUUAUAAACAUUAAUUUAUGUAAAAAUCUAAACCAAUCCUAAAAAAAAAAAGAAUAAUUUAAAAAAUCCAGUUUACAUCAAAUAAAUCCCAUGUACAUCAAAUAAAUCAAAUUUUAAUAUUUUUUUUUUCAACCAUGGCCCAGAACAUACAGUUGAUCAGUGGAGCCUUAUCAUUCAUGACUUAGAUUACGUUAGGGGCUGUUCGCAAAUUAUGUCACACAUGGGGUGGGGUGGGGGUGUUCAAGAAUUAGUGACCGGGGGGGGGAUUGUGACGUCACAAAAAAAAAUAAAAAAAUUUUCUGAUGUUGAAAAAUCUUUAUUCAAUUAAUUUAAAAGCAUUAAUUUGAGAUCAAAAUAGCCUCUGGUAUUAUAGGUACCGUGAAACUCAGUGGCGGUCACCUUCUGCGCAUGUUGAAAAAUGGUGCAAAAAAUGUUGUGGCCAUUUUACAUUAGUUUUCAAAUAAUACAACAUUUUAAUCACUUGUGGGAAAAUGUUAAAGACUAAAAUAAAAUCCUAGUUUAUUUGUGAAAAUUUUGUGUAUGUUUUGAAUUUUUUUAGAUGUGACGUGACCUGAAAAUGUCUUUUUUGCCUGAAAUAAUUUGCGAACGAGCCUUCAGUUGGGAUUAUCUAAAUUUUAUUUUGUUCACAGACUUCUAAUAGUGAAAGCCUAUACAAGUCAACAUGUCUGAACUCAGUUGCAAUGGAGAUGCAGAACAGACAAAAAAAUUACAUGAAAAAGUUGUCAAGCAGAUAGAGGUACCAUUUCAGAAUAGUUUUUAAAUACCCGUAGAUGUUGAAUGGUUAUUUUGACUAAAUAUACAAAUACAAUUAGAAGUUGUAGACAAAUAAGUUAGAUUUAGAAAAGCUUGCUAUUUGGAAAAAUUUUCUAUAUUAGAAUUGUGUUCCCCUUAUCAAGCUUGGGUAAUCUACCACUUGAGCGUCGGCCAAGAAAAAAUCCAGCUGUUCCGGUUGGAAGGACUAUUUAAACAACUAUUCUUAUAUUAUUUUUAAUGACAGUGGUUGUACAUAUUCAUUCCCAUAAUAAUAGACAAUUUUUUUUAAAUAGAAAAACUAUAACAAUUUUUUUGAAAUAGAAGAUAAUGUGUGAAAAUGGAAUUAUGCAUAGUUAUCCCACAAGUUGACUAUGAAGUUUAAAAAAAUAUAAUUUCCACAAAAACGGUUGUGGUACAUGAAUCCACCGGCACUUCUUGUGCCAAACUGUCUUUUCAGUUUAUGCUUUCUGAGCAUUCACGUUAUCCACAUUUUGUGUGUGGACAUCCGCGUCAUCUGAAUAAAAAAAAAUAAUUGUGUCUCUUUUUCUUCCUGGCAUAUCUUUUGCUUGGCAAUAAUAAGUAUUUAAAUGUAUUAGUAUUGUGCUAUAUAACUUUAUAGCCUCUAUACGGAAGCAAAAAUAUUAACAGACUCCAAUGUAAGAAUAGUUGUUUAUAUAGCCCUUCCAACCGGAACAACUGGAUUUUUUCUUGGCCGACGCUCAAGUGGUAGAUUACCCAAGCUUGUAAUAUCAGAGGAUUUUUUUUAUUUAACAAGAUAGUAUUGUAUAGAUGGAAUAUUUUUUAUUUUGCAGUACUAUUUUGGAGACAUGAAUCUCAUGAGAGAUAAAUUCAUGAAGGAGAAAAUACAAGAAGAUGAUGGCUGUAUCCUUUAUUUAACUUUUAAAAAAAACUUUGCAUUUGUAGAAUUUGCACUAAACAUCACAAGUGACUAUCUUCUGUCAAAAUUUAAUUCCCAUCUUUAAGAGUUCUAAACCACAAGGUUGUAGUACUCAAAGAAAGUAUCUCUUAAUUAUUAUUUUUAAUUGCAUCCAGCAGUUUAUUAGCAAGUAAAAACUCAUUUAAACAUAAAAAGAGUGGAACAAAAUUGUAUUCCUUUACUUCAAUAAAAAAAUCAGGGAUUACAAUAGAGACCAUGUUGAAAUUCAACAGGCUGAAGCAACUGACUGCAGAGCCAAAAGUCAUUUGUGAAGCAUUGAAACAAUUAAGCUCACUAAUGGAGGUAAUCUUGUGUUGUUUUAAAAAAAAUUUAUUUAACAACUCACCAUAUCAUAUGCCGGCCUAUUUCUCAUAAAAGUAUGCACCUUUAAUAAAAUUGUAACUUCAAUAACAUAAAUAGAUAAUAGAUUCUUGUACCCAAAAACAAAAUUGAUUUAUAUGUAGAGGGAUAUAUUAGAAUGUGAGGUUUUGUGAUAUAUGAUGGCUCAUUUUUGAGCUUCAGAAAUACUUAAAAAUAUCUUACUUUUUACUUUGCUAUUUAAAAAUUGUCAUGGUCAAAUGUUGAUUCCAAUGCUGAAAUUAAUAUGUACUAUUUAAUCAAAACAUGUUUUCAUUUAUUUGUGAAAUGAGAAAAGAAUCUUAUUUUACGAUAAACUUGAACAUGAUUAUUAUCUUAGGUUAGUGAAAAUGGAGAGAAAAUCCGCCGGAAUCCUUCUAAGCCUUUACCAGGUGACACUAAAGAGAGGCGUGAUGAGAUUGCGUCCAGAUCUAUUUAUGCAGUAAGAAUAAAACUUUUUCCAUUUCAAUAUUUACACUAAACAUGAGGAACAUUUGCUUCCCCCUCUGUAUUUUUGUGUGUUCAAAUACCCCAUUACCAAAUAUCUUGCUGUAUUAUAAAUUGUUGAUAUUUCACAAUUUUUCAUGCUUAAAACAACCUUUCACCUUUUGUAAAGAAAUUUGUAUUCUUUGGGCUUAGAAAUUCACAAAUGACGAUUUCAUAUUUUAACAACACUUUUCACAAAUGAUGAUUUCAGAUUUUAACAACACUUUUUCUAUUCUAAAUGUUUUGAACUAAAUAUAUUCACCCAUCAGUGAACACAUUUUGAAAGUUUGAUCACAAGCCAAAUGUUAAGGACUUGCACAAAUAUAUGAAAUAAUUUAGCCAAAUUGUCAUAUCUUUGUAUGACCUUAGUACUUGUGUGUCAUCUCCCAGAAAGGAUUCCCUCUUGACUCCACACUAGAUGACUUAAUGGCUUUCUUUGAAAAGUAUGGAUCUGUUGAAAAUGUCUACUUGAAGAGAGAUUUUACCAAAAAGACUUUUAAAGGAUCAGUUUUUGUAGUUUUCAACCAGAAAGAGGAUGCAGAAAAAUUUAUCAAAGAAGAGGAGACCAAAUACAAUGAUGUUUUGCUGGCGUCAAAAUUAUUCAAGUAAUUUUUUUUAUAUGUAGUCUUCUAAUUACAGGUCACUUUUUAAGCUUGGUAAAGGUUUAUUACAGUUAUGACAUAAAAUAACGAAUAACUUAUACUUUUGGUUUUCCACUUUUCUAAGUUACAUCAGCUUAUCCAAAUUACUUAAAAAUAUUACAUUAUUCUUGCUAUUUUGACAAAUUUAUAAGCUAGGUUAUAAAUGAAACCCUGAGAUUUUGCUUAAAUUAAAAGACUUAAUAUUAAUUGUGAAAAUGUUUUAUUUUCAGGACAGACUACUUCAAAGAAAAGCAAAACUUGAAGAAGGGCAGAGGAUCAAAAAAAGAUGAAAAGAGGUAGCUAAUUAAUGCAUUUGGCAUUUUCCUUCCUAAGCAUUUACAUUUUUCAGUUCUUUUCUUAGUUCUUAAAAAAUUAAAAGUUGCCCAUUUGAUGUUGUAAUUUUAAUGUGUAUUAAUAGAUUGAGCCCUGGUAACCUAGUAAGAGCAUUUUUGAUAUUAAUUUGUAUGGAUUCUAUUGAUAUAUUGUUUCUACAUUACAGUAAAGAGGUGGGAGAAAAGGAGGACAACAAGGAAGAAAAAGAUGAUGAGAAUGAGGUACUUUUAGUUUUGUCCUUUUUAAAUUUUAUUCCCUUAAGGCUUAUCACUCUUUCUUGUAUCCUUUGGUCUAGCAAUAAACAAUCCUGAAUCAGCCAUGCAUUUUGUGACCAGCGUGAUAACUGUCAAGAUCAUGGGUGAAUGUUUUAUUGCAGUGAGCUCUCAUUAUUGAUAUCUAGGUCAAUGGGUUGACUAAUGUAUUAUUAUUAAAUAGGUCGGAUGAGCUACUGUGAACUAGGGGUGUGCCGGAAUCCGGUCCGUAAUCCGGUUCCGCCGGAUUUUGCACUAUCCGGUGAAAUCCGGUUCCGCCGGAUUUACAUGUAUCCGGAACAACCGGAAUCCGGAAUAUACCGGAUUUCGGAAUUUGCCAGAUUUUGUGACUCACCGGAUCAUAAUCUGAAAUAAAAGUAAUUCUCUUUCCCGAAUUCCACACGAUCACGAUACAUUAAUCGAUUGUUUCGAGCGUUGAGCUUGUUUAAUGUUUAAUAUUCCGUACAUACCAGAGGCUAGAGUCAGCACCGCUAAUAGUGGCCAAUAGUGUAGGGACUUUGAUAAGAAAAUUUAAACUUUUUGUAAAAAUAAACCAAUGGCAUAGUUGAAAAGAUGUAAUUUUUUAAAGAAUUAUAACACCAAAAUCAUAUUUUUAGCUGUUGUAGUUUUAAAGUUAUGAAUUUUUAAAGUACGACUUGGUUUGUCAUUUUUUAACAUGGACUGCAUCUCCACAUUCUGUGAUCUCAUUCCACCAAUCCCGUCAUGCGCAAUGACUAUAUAGUUUAUAUAAGGCAACGCAUUCCCUGCCUUAUCACUAAAAUACUGUUUAGACUUAGUUUAAACUUUCAACUUUGGCACAUGAAUAAUUAAUUAAAGCUUUCCCUGACCAAUGGUUUAAUAGUUUUUGCACACGGCAAACUCUUAUCAAUGAAACUCUGAGAUAGUACUACGAUAUAGCCAUUAUGCAAGUGGCUGAAUGGUUGCCAAUGACAACGUGUUGCACACGGUAAAUUCUGAUCAUUUAUAAUAUGGAUUCUACCGGGUUGUUAAAGCUCAAAUUAAAACAUUCCAGUUUAAAUGUCUUUAAAUGCAUUCUGAAACACAAGUUAUCAAUUAUUUUGAUGUAAAUAGUGAUAAUAAAUUAAUAUUUCCUAAGUAUCGUCAACUUCCGCCAUUAAAAAGGGGGGCGUGGCCAACCCCAUGGCGAAAUUAGGUUGAGCGAGCUGCAUAACCUGCUGCGAACGCGUAGAAACAUGGCGUCUCUCGUAAGACACUUAUCCAAAUGGAACGGAACUCAAAUAUAUAUCGAAAGUACUAAUUUAAUAAUAAAUAGACACACACAUCGGAAAAUUAAAAACUCGGAUUUUUUGGCGCCGAUUGCGGAUCCCAUACACAAAAAGUAGUAGUCCACCUUGACUUACCGAAGUAUCUACCAAUAGUACCAAAAUCCGGAAUCCGGGAGAAACCGGAAUCCGGAUUAUUCCGGAAUCCGAAUCCGGAUCCGGCGGAUUUCGCAUAAGAAAAUCCGGAUCCGGUUGGAAAAAACGGAUCCGGCACACCCCUACUGUGAACUGCUGUAAUUAAAUGGAAUAAAAUUAUGUCUCAAGGAUGUAUGCACGCAUUGGUUGAAAGAUGUUAGGCAAUGCAUAAUAUUAAAUAGUUUAAGCCAGCUGUUAAAAUUACAAUCAUGGAAAGUCCAUGUUCCAAGGAUGUUUGGGUCCAUUGGUUGUGAAAGGCUGUGUGGUGUGUGGGUGUUUUAAAAUGAGUGGAUAUAUAUACUGGUUAUGAGUCAAUGGGCUCAUACUGGGUAUGAGUCAGGAGCUUGAGGUUAUUGAACCUGUUGUGUAUUUGAUUAGAGAGGAAGUCAUUUUAGCAGUAGGUAGUUCUGUGAAGAAAGCUAUCUUUUUUCAUGUAUGGUCACUAUUGUGAUCUGAUAUACAGUGUAAAUAAACUCUUCAAGCUUAUUAACUUGGCGUUGGAGUUUUAAUUGAUGCGCGUCGACCCAAUCACACUGCAUCUAUCACUCAAGCACUUAGUAACAACCAGAAAUCUAAUAAUAGCUCGACAACAGCAUACAACAAAUAUUUGACAGGCUAACACAAAUAACUAAUAAAUGAAACUAUCAAAAGAAGCAAUGCCUUAGUAAAGUUUUUCAUACAAGGUGGGUUUUUUAAAAAUGUUUGCAUAAUAUUGACAUUAGUAGAUAAAUAUUGUGCAUCUUUUGAAGCUAAGGCAAAAAAACUGCAGGUAGGUAGGAGGAUAAAUAGGUGCUUAUAUUUAUAAAAAUUUGAUUGAAGACUGACGCUCAAGCAAAGAGCUGUAAAGGAGGGUUUUCACAUAUUUUCUUGAGAGUGCCUUAAAGGAAAAUUUAAUGUUAAAACAUCACUAUUUUAAAUUUCCAAGACAGCCAUCAUCAACCUAAAUAGCCUUGGACACAUGGAAUACUUUACGAGCUGAGGGCAGGUCUCAUAAAAAAUAUUUAUGUCCACAUAUUUUAACACAGACAGCUUAACUGAUUAACUACCAGAUUGAAAAACCUGCUGUGGCCGAAUUAAAUCUAGGUCACAAUUUCUCAUUUUAGGUGUAUGUACCCAUUCAGCUGCAGUUUUAUUAACUAUAAGCAUAUUCUAAUGAUUAAUAAAACAUUUGUAGGUAAUUGAAUUGUCUAUAAGAUAAACAUAAAAUAUUUGUAAAGUUAAGUUUUGUUAGGAAUUUAUUAAUUGUUAAAUUAGUAUUUACAACAGAAAAACAAUUUAAAAAAUUCAUAAAAAUGCAAACUUGUGUAUAAAUUUUACAUUUCCAAAUCAUUAUAAACCUUUUAUUUCAAGUUUCCACAUAGUAUAUCCAAUAAGAAAAAUGCACCAAAGAACACAGAAAUUAAAUAAUAUUUACACUUCCAAUCUUCCAAUCACUUACAUGCCUUCAGUAACCCUGUCACUUGUUGCCAUAGUAAACAAGUAGUACAAUUUUGUAAUUAAUUGACAGCUUGUUUUUAAAACAUUCUGCUGAUAGUAUGCGGUUCGAAUGUAAACAUCCUGUAGGUAAAUGAAAAUCUCAAAAGGUAAAAGCAAAACGGAACGGAAUAAUAUAAAUAUUUGACUCGAUUUACUACGAUACAAACAUUGGCGCUACCAGCGGCUCGUGGUCAUAACGGAAGAAACGCAGAGCCGUGGGAGCAGCUCAUGGUAGUUAACCAGUUAAAGGUGAAACCUUUCCCAUGUAGAGAAUUUAGAUUUUAGAAAAUCAUGUGAAGAUAUUUUUUCUGUUUCUAAUAUUAACAUAUUUUUUCCUCUCCUUUUAUUAGAAAACUAAACAACAAAUGACAAAAAAUGCAGUUAUACAUCUUAAAGGAAUGAAUCCGGAGACCAACAGAGAAGAAAUCAAGCAAUUCUUUGCCCCACAUGGUGAUGUUGGCUGGGUUGACUUUGACAAAGGAGUAACAGAGGUACUUAAUUCAACACAUCUGUUUUUUCUUGAAUUCUGACAUCGUCAAUUUGUAUGCACAUGGUACCAUACUACCUUGAUUUAUGGUAUAAAAGUUUAUUAGCAGACUUACUUUGGUUAAAUAAAUACUUAGUCUAUCAUUUUUUGAAAAAAAGGAAAAGUUUGUUACAUGAAUUUCUUUGUAUUAGGGUUAUCUACGACUCAGGGAGCCAAACAGUGCUGCUCCAACACUUGAAAAAGCCAAAGCGGCUGGAGAUGGAAAAAUUAUAAUUCAUGAGACUGAAAUUGAAGUCAGAGUUGUUGAAGGUGAGGCUUUCCUUUAUUAAUCUGUAAGGCUCUGUUCAUUUUCGAAGGUUGUUCUUUUUAAAAGUAUUUAAAAUAUUAUAUUUAAAUACUUAUAAAUACUUAUAAUGUGAAUGGAAUAUGUUUUAUAUUGCAAACUCCCAUUUAUUUCUCCCGGUCCCAGCAGAGGCUUUUCGCUUGAUGUUAGCAUCUCAGUUUUUUUGCCAGUUAAAUAUGUUCUAAAAGUUUAAAAUCUAGAUGAAAAUCUCCUGUUUAUUAAAAUAGUUUUAACAGAAUAAACACAUAAACAUCAAUUUUUUAUUUUUUUUUUAGAGAUUUCAAUAAAGUAAUAACCUAAAUAAAAACAUUUAUUGUUUAAAUGUUGUAAACCUUUUUAUUCAGCUCUAAGCUGAAAUGUUCACAUAUUAUUGUCCGACUUUUGAUACAAGCAGCGACAUACCUUGUUCAAUUUUAUUCAGCUUGUAUGUUCCAUUCAUUCAUUAGCUGUUUUUAAAGUUACAGACGGAUUAGAUAUUUUACUGUACUCUAUAUUUUUCUAAAUAGUAUUUUAUUAUAAUUCCCUAAAAUACUUUAAAAUAUUUUACAGAUGAUUGCUUGCACUUUAACCCACGAACUGUGGCAUGCAUUAUUCUGUAGUGUGGAGCUUUUCAAAGCGUUUUGAGUGCCAUUUGAAAUUGCAUUAAAUGACAUAGAAAUAUUGAUACAAGACCCCAAUAAGUAUAUAUUUUUAGAAAGGUAAAUGGGUGGGGAUAAAGUUGGCCGUAUUGCCCACCCCGUGAAAAAAAAGUUUGCGAAGUGUUGUUGACCUUGGAGUUCUUAAGAAGAAAAAAAUUGACAAAAUGUCUUGCUUUCAAGUGCUCAUAACAUCAUUAAUUUUUAUAGAUACACUUAAAACACAAAUCUAAAUGUUGUAGCCAAUUCAUUUAUCUUUCAGAAAAUGUAUAGUUUGCUAAGGUUUUGAUUGCAAUUAAACCUCUGAAAGCAAUUUUGGUAAAUUUAGGUCAUUUCUAUAAGAAACUGGGACCACUGCUAAAACCAAGUAAAAAAUACAAAGUCUCAGGCAAAAUAGUUAUUAGUGACUAGUAAACAUUUAAAAAGGAACUAUGGAACUGAUUUGGGUUGUUUAACUAUAAAAUUUAUUAGUUCUGAACAAUAAUCUGUAGCUUCUGUGAAUAAAAUUCAGUCCGUCCUUGCCUAACCUCUGGACCUGGCUCGAAGUCUAACAGUAGCCUCAGUAGACCUACUUCAGUAUCACUAAGACUUAGUGUAAAAUUCACUAGAAGAAUAAUCUCAACUGAUAUCGUCAUGGGGAAUGUUAAAAUCAUCACCAGUAUCACUUAAAACCUCUCCUAAAAAGCUUUCAAACUUUUAUUUUUAUUACUCCUUGUACUUAAGGCCAUGGCUUCAACCAUUUUUGCUUUAAAAAAACUGCGAUAUAAAACUCAGAUUAAAAAGUAUUUAAGUUAUCAAGAAACAGCUUGAACCGGAAGAUGAUUUAAUUAUUAAUAAAAGGAAGUGGCUAUAAUUCCGGUUAAAUAUUGGAUUGGAAGUUGCUAUCGGGCCGUGUUUUUUAUCGGCCGCCAUAGUACAGAACGAGAAUGUUGGCCGAUUUUUUUUAACCGACCACAGUUGGUGGGUUAAUAAAUCAGUCAACUUUGCAUACAGCCUUCUUGUUGUAAAAUAGAAGUGUGUUGAAUAUUUUAAAUAUAUUUUAGCAAUGCACUCAUUCGGUGAAAUAUUUGUGUCGUCACGACCAACCUUUCUAUCCUCCCAUAGGUGACGAGGAAGUAGAAUAUUGGAAAAAAAUGUAUAGAGACAUUGCUGAAAAACAAGAUAAAAGGAAAAAAGGGGGCGGCCGAAGUGGGGGUAGAGGAGGUGGCAGAGGUGGAAGAAAUCAAAGAGGCGGACGACGCACCAGGGGUGGACCACAAGUAAGUACCCGGUACAUUCAAAUUGUGUGCAGUUAUUACUAAAAACCAAACUGUUGGUUAAUUUUCCCAUGUUUUUGUUGUCACCCCAUUUGCCUGUUUUUUAAAACUAUAUUAUAUUUAUCCUUUUCAUUUUCAUGGUUUGAAAUUUUUAUUGUAAAUCAGGGAAAGAGGAGGCAGAAUAAAAAGAAUGAAGGUGAAGGUGGAGACAGUGAUAAUGAAGAGGCAGAUGAUGAUGAUGGUAAGUUAUUUAAACACAACCCACAUUUGAUGUCAACUCUCUCAUGCCUGAAUCAAGUGACAUUACCCUGUUUCGAAACAUGCAAGUUAGUUGGGUGGGAUGUGGGUUCAUCUGCUUGUUACCAUACUUUACCAUAUUUAGUUUCAUAUCAAGAUUAUGAUACCAAACUAAUACUAAUAGUAGUUUUAUUUUUGCAGUGUGACUUCAAUUAAAUCCAUGUAAUUGUCUGAUGUGUAGAAAGUAUUGGAACUAAAUAUUUACAAAGGUGGCAACAUUUCCUGUAGUAAUUAUUAAUGUAUUUCUUUUGAAAAUUGUUUUUAUUUGACAAGAUAAGCUUAAUGGCAUGUUCACCUUUCUUUUUUUUUUUUAAGAGCCAAGAACCAAGGUGUCCAAAACUGAGGCAGACUAGAGGAUUUGUAAAUGGAUACAACUUAGUGGAAGUUUGUGAUUCUGAAUAUAUGUUUGGUGUUUUUGAGGGUUCUCUCAUGUGUCUUAUUUAUGAUAAUCACACGGGAGAGCAGUUGAAUGGAUGAGUGCAUCAGUGUGUAGACAUGUUUCCAAAACUUUGAAAUUAUAAAUUGCUGUGACUUUUCAUUCCCUGCAAUUUAUGUUGUACUUUUUGUAGAAAAUUUCACAUUAUUUUUGGAAGAGUAGAUUAUUGAAGUUGCAGAUUUUAAAAUGUUGUUUUAUUAUGUUUUUAUAACAAAUAUCAAUUGGUUUCAGUCAAACAUUUAAAUUUUAUAGAGCAAACUUUCCUCUUUUUAGUUACAUUUGCUGUUGAUUAUUUAUAGGAAAGGUCUUACCAGAAUUUUACAUCAGUUUUAAUUCUUUGUUACCGGUAAUUUAAAUGUACUUUCAAAUUUUACUUCAAAGCUCAUAUUUGGUUUUUGAAGACUAUUUUAAAUUUUGAUUUGAAAAUAAAAAAAAUGCAUAAUGAUCUUCUUUUUUUUUUUUGAUUUGUUCAAUAACUGAAGA